CGAUUGGAAAAAUAAAUUGGUCAGCUGCCAACAUGAUAUGCACUAACCUUGACUAACAUGUAAAGGUUCCAAUGUAAUGUAUAUUUUUCCAUCUUAGUGCCUACAGAAGCUAGAAAUAUGUUUUCUGGCUCUUAGCUGAGGAAUUAAAUUCUCUUGUUAGUUGGAACAAUGAUUAGAUCGAGAAUCCUGGUCAAGGCAUGACAAAUAAUAAUCAUAGUAAAUUGGCACCGACCCCAACACUGUGUGGGACACGGAGGAAUGCAAAGGAAACCAUAAAUGUAAACAUUGACUGACAUCUCCAAAACAGUUGUUUUCCAUCUUAAAUAAUAACUUGCUUAAAAUCACUGUUGUCUGAUGAUUUUGUUUAAGAAAAAUAACACAAACAUGAUUUUCUUCAAACAGCUAUUUUUUAAAGUCCCUUUUAAUUUUUUGACUCGAGUUUUCAUUUUCACCUAUUGAAUUAUUUCCCUGAAGUAAUCUGUGGGAAAUGUCCAAUUCUAUCCGCCCAAUUCCAUCCUCUCAUUCGAGGCCCUUCUUUAUCUGCACAGGAAACCCUUUCCAGGCUGGACCGACUGGGGAACAGGCACACGGCUUCCAGUGUUGCCCCCACUGCGGGGCUAGUAGCCGCCUUCCAGGAGUGCCUCUUGGGCUCUGUGGAGGUCGACCUUAGGCCAGUCCUUUUCCAUUUUUUUCCCUUUGGGGAGGAGAGCUCACCAAAAGAAUCAAAAAGCAAGGAAGACUAAGUCAUUACAAGAUUCCUACCGGAACACUGCCAGUUGCCCCCUCCCCACUAAGUUCUGAACUCAGAGAGCCUACUCCGGCCAGGGUUUUACAGAUCUUGUAAACAAUCUCCAGAAAGCCAUCCAAAUCACGUAGUCUUUUUUCAACCUCCACGGAAUUGGGGAUUUUAAAGCUAAUUCAAGGGGUUUUACAAGCCCAACAAACACAGUUGUAAAAAUGCCAUUGGGCUGCUAUCACAUUUUACGAAACGAGAUUGAUCCAUGUGCUGUAAAAGUCAACUAUCUCGAAGGCACACCUCUAAGGCAAGAGUGAGCAGCCCAGGACAGGCUUUUCCUGUCCUGUCUGGGGACAGCCAGGCCUGGGACAACAGUGAAAGCAAUUCAGGAUUUCUGGAGCCAGUGAGACAACAUUCCCGGUUCUGGAGCCACUGCAGGGCGGCCUGCCCUUUCCCGGUUCUGGAGCCACUGCCCUUCCUGGGACUGCCCUCCGCGGUCCCAGGAAGGGCAGUAAAGAGGGCGGCCCUAGGACAGUGCCGGCUGUCGGGCGCCCCGGAAACCGAGCUCAUCAAUUAUCCCCGCGGCCUUGGGCCCCGCAGAGCUGCCUUCUGUGCCCAGGUUGUCCAGGGACCCUGCGCCUCCUGCGCCUCUGGAAUGAGGACGGAGAGAUUCACACCUGGAUUUUUAUCUGCCUCAGCUCUGAGCGGUUCUCCCCGCGGAUGCCGAGUCCCCAGGCGCUGGGUAGGGAGCAGGUACCUCGGCUGGCUUAGGAGCCCAGUCUCAUGGCCGGCUGCUGCUCUUUCGAUUCUUUCUUGUGGAAACGAGUGGUUUCUGGCCUCUCAAUUUCCUGGGUUCAAAGGUGGGAUGGGGACGCCCAGCUGGAAGGGCUGCUUUGAGACCAGGCAGGCUCGGGUUAUUGAGCCCUUUGGGACUCAACCAAGAUGUGUAUGUGGAGAAGGGAAUGGGUGGGAAGAACCUACGUUUGGCUGAGUCCUGGUCAGCUCGAGGUGAGCCUUCAGCUCUGGCCUGCGAGGCCCAGGUCCCUGGUGAGAGUGGAGAAGGAGACACUAAGGGAGUUCACCGAUUCCUAAGGCGCAGGAGUGAAGCGCAGGGAGUUCAGGCCUGGUUUUUCAGAGCCCCGGCUCUAGCUUAAGAACUCGCACCCACUAAUAGGGGAGCGCUAGGGGAGGGGCGAUUCGGGGCUGUGCCUGGAGUGCCCGCCGUCCGGGAGCUAAGCCACCUUUGUCACCGCCCCUCCUGGCGCGGGACCUUCAGGUUUCCUGUUUGGAGGAGGAGGGGCGGGUAACCUGCAAAAUUCAAUAAAGCAAAAAGGGGAGGAGGAAGAAGGGAGCCUGGUGGGGCCUUUGCGGCGGCCCCAGCGCUAGUGUCCCUACUCUGGCCUGAUCUCUUCGCCCCUGAACCGGCCGUGCCCGCCACUGGCGUUCGGGAAGACAGCAGGGCCGGCAGGCUAAGAGCGCCCAUUAAUCUGCUGGGCGGGCGGCGGGCGGGCGGGCUGGGGGCUGUUUGUAACUUUGCUGCCUCGGUCGCCGCGGUCCCCGGGGAGCGGGCUCCGGCGCUCGCUCCCAUUGGCCGCUGCCGCGUCAGCUGGUGCGAUUUGCUGCUGUCGCUUUUGGCGUUCGGCCAUCCAGAAACAAACCAGUUCGAUGACUACUAAUAGUUAUAGCCAGAUGUACUAAUACACAACAAAUCACAGUCCUGCAGAGGGGCGCGCAAAUGAGUUCCUAUUUUGUGAAUCCCACUUUCCCCGGGAGCCUGCCCAGCGGCCAGGACUCCUUCUUGGGCCAGCUGCCCCUCUACCAGGCCGGCUAUGACGCUCUGAGGCCCUUCCCGGCCUCUUAUGGGGCGUCCAGCCUCCCGGACAAGACGUACCCCUCACCUUGUUUCUACCAACAGUCCAACUCGGUCCUGGCCUGCAACCGGGCGUCCUACGAGUACGGGGCCUCGUGUUUCUAUUCUGAUAAGGACCUCAGUGGCGCCUCGCCCUCGGGCAGUGGCAAGCAGAGGGGCCCCGGGGACUACCUGCACUUUUCUCCCGAGCAGCAGUACAAACCCGACAGCAGCAGCGGGCAGGGCAAAGCACUCCAUGACGAAGGCACCGACCGGAAGUACACGAGCCCGGUUUACCCUUGGAUGCAGCGGAUGAACUCCUGCGCGGGUGCUGUGUACGGGAGCCAUGGUCGCCGAGGCCGCCAGACCUACACGCGCUACCAGACGCUGGAGCUGGAGAAGGAGUUCCACUUCAACCGCUACCUGACGCGGCGCCGCCGCAUCGAGAUCGCCAAUGCGCUCUGCCUCACCGAGCGCCAGAUCAAGAUCUGGUUCCAGAACCGCCGCAUGAAGUGGAAAAAGGAAAAUAAGCUCAUCAAUUCUACGCAGCCCAGCGGGGAGGACUCAGAGGCAAAGGCGGGGCAGUAGACCCCUGG